GGUGCAACGUUAUCUGCAAUAACUCCAUUUGAAGCUUUUGUCUGCUAACAGAAUGCAUUGCUCCCAGCGGAUCGUUGUUCUUGCUUCUCAUAAUUACCUCUAGUUGGAAGAAGCUUUUUGUUUCUCACACAAAAAACAAAAGCAUUCCUGCCUGGCUUUCAUCAGCUUCUCACUACCAAAUUGUAUUUCUUCUCUACUGAAAUUAUUUAUUGACAUGGCUUGGUUGUGACAAAAUGGCUGUCAUCAGAAGAUGGGAUCUUUUGGACAUUCAAAUGUAUACAUUUUCAUAUCUAUUUUUGGAGGAAGUACUCUUUUGCUAUUCCUAAUUUGUUUCUGUUGUCAGAAGAAACUGCAAGCGAGAACUCUUGCUAUGGCGGACAUAACUAACUUGGAGAGUCAGCGAUCUAGACAGAGAGCUUCUCGAAAUCAGCGACGGAGUGAUACGAAUUCCUUGAUAUCAGCCAUUAUUACACCGCCUCCUGACUACGCAACAGUGAUAAAGAAAGAUUCUUUGUGCCCAGCGCCACCUCCAUACGAAAUUGCUAUGGCGGAGCUGCAAACCGAUGCGGAACUGCGAUCUGAUGGCUUUGUAUGACGCAGCUCCAAACAGAAAUCUUCAAACCAGAAUCUAUUUUCAGAUAGUGCUUCAGCUACAUUUGAGUGGAACUUUUCAAAUACUGCAAAAGGUCGUCUUAAAUUUACAACGCUGUUUUUAACUUUUUUUAUCCAUAAGAUAAAAGAAACAUAUAAUGAACAGAGCCCGGAUGAAAUAUAAAUGCAUAUGUACAUAUGCAAUUACAAAUUUUUACCCCCUUUUUUUUUUUUUGACGUAAAUGCAUAUAACUGCCAGGGACGCUCCGAACUUAAAUUUUUUUUUUUUUUUGGGGAGGGCAGAUAUUACCAGUUUGCCGAUUAAAACUCCAAAUUUUGCCGAAUUAUGAUAAAUUUCGUCGAACCGUCGGACAAAAUUUGCCGAAUUAUGAUAAUUAUACCGAAUUGUCAAACAAAAUUUGCCGAAUUACGAUAAUUGUGCCAAAUUGUCAGACAAAAUUUUGCCAUAUUAUGAUAAUUUUUCCGAAUUAUCAGACAAUUGGCCGAAUAACGAUAAUGUCACCGAAUCGUCAGACAAAAUAUGCCGAUUAAGAUAACAGCGUUUUCACUCACUUAUGCAAAUAUUUUACACAAGAAAAAGAUUACAGAAAACUAUUUUGUUCUUCAUACGUGCAAAAAAAAAUUGGGUAACCUGUGAGUUUUCUCUGGUCACCUAAUUUUUUGUGCAUACUAUAAAUGCAUUACUUUUUGUGCAUACUAUCUCCAAGAAUUAAAAUUUAUUACCAAAAAUGUGAAAAAUAUAAGAAUAGACCAUUUGCAUUUUUAGUCAGAUGUAAAAGAUUUUAUUUCCGUGAAUAAAAAGGUUGUAAAAGGUUACUUUUGAAUUUGCUGUUCAUUUUUUAGAAAUUUUUAAUGCAUAUUUAUAUUUAUAGUUUGAUGAUUUUAUUGUGCAUUUAAUCCGGGCUCUAUAAAUGGAACAAUUCGCUGCAUACUCAUUCUCAGUUUCAUUUUUGAAUCCUUGUAGCUAAAAGAUUUGAAGCAGUGGAAGAAAUAUUUCUGGUUUCCAAAUGAUUAAUUUUUUCAAUAGUUCUAUAUUUUUAGGCAUAAGAUUUCUCAUUCCACUGAUUUUAUAUUUUGAUAAAAUUAUAUGCAUAGUUGAAUCAAUUAUUUUCUGAUGAGAAAAUUAAAAGGUAUUUUGCCUCAGAAUUAUUUAGACAAAUUAAUAUUUAUAAAAGUUGCCUGGAUGCAGUUGCAAUAACCUCAAGCAUUGUUCAAGCACCGAAUAAAUUUUGAAUAAAAAAAGAAAAACAUCUGUCAGCUGAAAAUUUAUUUGAAAAAAUAUUGGAUUUAUUUAACAUCACAAGAUUUCUGCACAAAUUUUGUGUGUGAUUACUACAAUUUACUUUAUCACUUAAAAAUUAUCAGCGUUCAUUUGUGUGUAUGUAAACUGAAAAAUCUUUAAGGUUUAAUGAUUUUUAUGCAAAUUAAGGCAAUUUAUCGUUUUUAAAGGAUGAGUAUCGUACUUAAUGUAAAAUAACAAAAAUGUUGUUUACGACAUGCAUACAGAAAGACUUGUUUAUCAUUGAGCAACGUACAGUUUUUAUAUAAAGAAGUAAUUAAUUUACAAAGAUUUCUUGACAUGAACCGAAAGCUUAAACGGAAUUAAGUUUUUCCCUCACAAAAUUAUUAUUAGUAUUCUUUUUUUAGAUGUUCUUCAGGCAGGGAGUUAUAUUUUUAAAUUCAAAAUUCGUUUUUCAAAUCUCAAGCAAGUUAUAUUAUCAACAAUUUAUGCACUUCUGAUAUUUUUAUACGUAUUUAAAAAUGUGUUAUGUAUAUAUAAAACUUUUACGAAAGCAUCUAGAUAAUGUUUGUAACUGCAAUGUUCUAUUGAUGUUUUAUAUUAGUGUCCAUUACCUACUGGCAGUGCAAAUAAAGUUCAAUAUUAAAA